AUGGCAAUGCGGGUGUACUCUCAUGCUGAGAAUGGUGGCAGCAGUGGGUAUCAUUUCAAGAUGAGUUGGUUAACGAGUGGAUCAGUAGCAAUACUAUGGAAUGAAAAUAAGACCUACCAGAUCCAACUGCUAUUUAUACGAAAUUCCAAGAAUGCCAAGUCUAAUUGUCAAGAUGUUGAUUGGAUCAAAUAUGUCGUCAGUCCUGUGAGUGAGCCAGAUGUUCGACUUGGCAAAGAUUUGAGCCAAUUGGCGAAAUACUUUCAUUUACAGCCACAAUACAAUGGAUUUAUUGUACAGCCAUAUUCACAUGAGAUGGAACACUACUUUGCAGUCACUGCAUCUAUUUUACUCGAGGAUAAACAAUGCUAG